UUUAUUUCUUGGACAAGAGACAACAGGUUGGCUGGAUAUACAUACGAUUGAAUCGAAGAUGAAAACAAACUCAUUAUCAUUACAACACAUUUCAUACAAAAACCAUUAUUCUCCCACAUUUUCCUUCAUUUUCUCGUGAGAUAUGGCAGUUUCAUCCUUCAAAUCCUCUUCAAGAAGAGGAAACAACAACAAUAACCAAUCAUCUUCCACAAACACUUCCACUAGAUCCUCUACCACUAAAAACCCUCCAAUCCGACGGUCAAGAAGCGUUAGCGCGUUUUCAAGAACAACAACUACUUUCGACACUGAGUUUCUUAACAAAAGAGAUAACCCUCUCUUUGAUCAAAUUUCCAAAUCAAAUCAAACGGUUCCUUUUCUAGAAACUUCCGCGCCUUCUUCUACCUCUAGGGGACGUUCCGUGGCGCGAAAUGUUGAACCCGGUCGAAAUAAACCGGGUCGGAGUGUUUCUCGGGUUGAUACUGGUCGACGCUCGACCCGGUCCGCUUCACAAUGCCCGGUUUCGCGGCGGAGCUUUAACUAUUCCACUUCUGAGAGUGAAGCUGAUUGUAAAGAUAGGAAUGGUCUGAAGUUAGGGGGGACUAAUAGAAAAGGUUGUUUGUUUGGAAGAACUGAUAAAGAUGUGAUGGAUCAAGAGAAAGAUCUGCGUAGAUGGUCUAGUCAGCAUUCGGCCGUUGAGGUCUCAGAUUGUUUUGCUUCGACUUCAUCUGGUUUGCAAACUCAAAUCUGUGAUGAUGUGGAUUCUACAGCAAGUUCUGGAUUUGGUUGCGAUGAUAAAACUAUCAAAGCAGUUUGUGAACAGAAGUCGGUACAAAGGGAUCAGCCUGGAGCCGGUGAUAUAUAUGAAACAGUUCGCUCUGAAGUGAGGCGAGCUAUUUCGGAGAUUCAGAUUGACCUCGAAAGUGCUAUUCAAAAGAGUAAUGCUACAGACAUUUCUGUUACUGACAUGGCUGAUAUUCAUCCUGACUUGCUAAACCCUGGUACGGUAGAAUUAGCAUUUGAGAUUAGAAGAGAGUACACCAAAAAGCUUGAAGAGGCCGAAGAGCGAGCUAGACGUCUUCGAGCAGAUCUUGCAGUUGAAGAACAUCGAGUACGAGAACUGGAUAGAAUUUUGAGAGAAGUUCUUCCAUAUCCCAAGACCCCUAAUAUACCAAAGUCUCGUCCAUCAAGAAAAUCAAGCAUUGAAAGAAAAAGGAUGUCAAAACGUCUUGCAGAAGAUGCCAAAGCUUAUUUUGAUGAGUGUGUAUCGCUAUCGACAUUUGAUAGUUCAGACUUUUCAUCCCAAGAGGAUCCUCCACUUAGUAUCGUCGGCCCACCGACUCCAUCUCGUUUAACCGAGGAAUCAGGCACUCGAGAACAACUCCAUGAUAUCCAUUAUGACACAUUGCAGCUACUAACCAGCAUUGAUUCUGAGGAAGCUAGUCAUGGACAAGUCAGUUCAACUGCCGAUAGCAAGGAAACUGAAUCUAAACCCUGCUUCUCCUUUGCACAGAAGCCAUUUGAAUCCACUACAGUUCAACAUGAUAUCCAACAAUACAUAAAAAAGUUUGAAAAAAGUGUUUCAAAGGUGCCAACUAUGAGAUCAAAUUAUGGCGAGAUCCGUGAUUAUAGUUUCCAAUCAUCAGCUGAGAGCUUGUUGGUUGAUAGGGUGAUGCUAAAAAGUAGAAUCGAGUCUGGUAGGUUUUUACUCUGUGGCGGUGGUAACAUAUGGUAAUCUUAAGCCUUGUAAUUUUUACCUUUUCCUUUUCGCAUUAUAUUUAUACGUGUAAAUGUGCUUGGACCGUACAUGUAAUAGCGCUUCUCUUUUGUUUUGCUUUUUGUUUUUGCUGUUGAUAACUUCUCUUUUGUUUCUCUAAGCACCCAUUCACUCUAACCUAUACAUAUAUGUGCAA